AUGUUCGGGGUAAGGAUAUUGGGCCGAUGUUCUGCGACAUCCCUUCGCAAUUUUUCUACAACGACGACGCAGAGUUUCUCAAAGUCAUCGAGGCAAUUUCCAUCUCGAAACUGCAACCGGCCGUUCCAAACUGAGGCUAAAACAUGGAGAACUUGGGAAGGAACUACAAAAGCACCUGGUAUAACUGGUAAGCUAGUAAAAAAAGUGCAGAAAAUGGUACCCGUGAAUGUAUGAAGUAAAUUUUCUUAAGAGACUUUAAAUUUUGUGAAACUGCAAUCAAAGCAGUUUACUAGACUCAGUGUGGUGGUGAUCGUUGCAGUUACAUUAGUUUAGUUUUGUAAUAUAUCUUUUUCUUUCAUUUAGUACUUUUGGAAUCCAUCAGGUUAAUCACAUAUUUGUGAAGGUCAUAUCCACAUUCACCUGUUGUGUUCACGGUUCACAUGCAUGUAAUAGCCUGCAAAUACAGCUGUCUCUCUUCCAGGGUGCAAAGACUGAAAGAGAGCCACUUUAACAGCUUGCCAUUUUGACGAGCUGUACCUAGCAUGUACUAGCCCAAAAGUCAUUUUAAUUUGCCUUCGUCCCCCUCCAAAAAAAGAAAAAAAAAUUAAAUUAGCAGGACUGAUUACAGUUCUUUGGUAAUUUGAAUUCCCUGCCUGUCUGGCAAGUUUUACCCGAUAACGUACAUUUGUAUCCAUUAAACCUGGGUUAUCGGACACGACUUCCUUUGCAUUCUGUCCUUCUAUCUCCUCGCUGGCAGAGACGUUUUGCAGGAGAGAUUUCUGCGAUCAGUUUGGCCCACAAAAAUGUGCUCAAGGUUUAUUAAUCUGGUAGUCGCAUGGACAGGGUUCCAGGUGUAAAAAAUUGUUCGAUUUUUUCUUUCUCUUGGUCUAUUAAUGUAAAGUUUUGAGUUUUUUUUUUGGACAAGUGGCAGCAAAACUCAAAUGCCUCUUGUAAUAGAAGAUUAUAUUCCAUGAAUAAUGACUGUUUUUAGUAGAUUUAUGGCAGUUACAUUAUUGUACAUUCAAUCUUUGUGAUCUUUUGUCUGUCAUUCUAAUAAACAAUAAAUAAAAGAUUAUAAUUACUGUGUUGACCAAUCAUCACUUGUUGACCAGAUUCUUGACAAAAAAUUAAUUAAUCUAUGUCGUCAGUUUCAGUUUGGGAUUGAGGCCAAAUAGUAGAUGCCUCUCCCAUAAAAUGUCCCACGUAGCAAGGAACGAGGGGAAAUAGCUUUAUUUGCAGGCUAUUCUACAGUCUAUGAUAAAAAUUAGAUUUAAUUUGGUUACAAACUUUCUGCUCUAUGGGUUGUUUGACAAGCUUAUUGUGAUAGAAGGCAGCAUCCUGUCUUUGCAAAAUUGUAACCAUAUCAUAACCUGGUCAAGCCUUUAUUUUUUCAGCUAUUUUGUGACUACUUUUAUGAUGCCAUGAUGAUAUGUACUUUGUAGCAAGGUCAAAAAAUACUGCGCAAAAUUUCUUUCCCAUAGUGAAGAUGUAUCUGGCCUCAAAGAAUGACUGUUCAUGAGAGGGAUAAAGACUGUUACCCUUAAAUUAAUGUUCUUUAUUGUUUCCAUUUGAUUGGUGGGCUGAUUCCUCCCAAAAAAACCACUGUUUCUCAAUUUAAAAGCCUAACAUUACUUCUCCUUGACAUUUUUUUACAGCUGAAACAGCUGGGCGUGCUGCACUAGGUGGGGCCGCAUUGUUUGGUGUAGGUGCCUUGUGUUAUUAUGGUCUUGGAUUGUCCAAUGAAGUGGGAGCUAUUGAUCGAGCAAUGGUGUGGCCACAGGUUGUACGUGAUCGUGUCAGGUCAACUUACACCUACUUUGCUGGAAGUUUGGCUGUGACAGCAGCUACCGCGUAUGGCAUAAGUCAGACUAGAGCUAUCUACACCAUGAUGAGAGCUAGUCCGUGGCUUGUAAGUGUUCUUUUGCUUUUAAAAACACCUAUAUGCUACCUCAUAUCCAUAUUAGCCUUCCAUGCCGGUGUUCUUGGGUUUUUGUCAUCUGUUCCUUUCUAGCCACUAACAAGUAAACAGGGCUGUCAAAAAGGCUUUAAGUAGCAGUAGCAUAGUGAAAAGUAGGCGGAACUCGCACCAAAGGCACAAGUUCUUGAGGGCUGAGGAAUCUAGGGACACUUUAAAAUUAAAAGUCUCGGAAAUGGCAGUUCCUGGGGUUUUCAAUAGGUAUUUUCCACGGCGGACGCCAUUUUGUUUUGUCAGAAUACAUUCAAGACUGGGAAUAAUGCCAUCGAAAUGUCCCAGGCAUUCCAGAACAUCACAUGGUUCAAACGUUUCACAGAUCUAAACCUGUUUAAAAUAUGUGUUCAAUGUCAUUCAAAACUGGGGAACGGAUGUUUUAAAAUCUUAUUCAAUGGUGCUUUUUUUUGUUAGGCAGUUUUGGCUGGCUACCAGCCCUUAUUGACAUCCCUGGCCAGUAAAGAGGCCCUGUUAGGGGGGGGGGGGGGGGGCCCCAUGUCCCCCGUCUGAAUUUCACAACCAGCUAUAUCGCAAUUUUGUAAAGGCCCUGUCAGGCAAAGAUCCUGACUGUUUGACUGACUUGGCAAACUUCAAAUUAUCUAAAAAAUUCUACCUGGUUUCAAGCAAACGAGCUGUCUUUGAACAUUUGUUAUAGGUCAAAUUUGAUUUCAGGUUACAUGUUUUUAACCUAGGUUGAAUCUCAAUUUCCUUUGUCUUCCAGGGGUAGGAGAAGGAAAUUGAGAAUUCACCUAUACUAGCUUAAAUCUAAGUUAACCUGAAAUCAAAUUUGACCUGUAACAUUAAAAAUUAUACAAAAGACCAUUUGUAUGUUAUUUAAGCCACGACACCAGAAUUGCUCUUUGUCAAAAUCAUUAGAAAUCAAUGACAAAACUUUCGAUUGGGUUAACAGUCGAUGUCCUUUCUAGGAGUUGCAGUGUAUUUUUACAAACCAGCUAUCUUGGAAAACACAAAUUUGUCAUGUUGCCUCUAAGUUAGCUAAAAUAAUAAUACUCUCUACGUAAGAAAUUUCUUCUCUUGCUUCACUUGUUUAUGUGUACAAUUACUCCAACCUACAGUCUCAGACAAAAAUGGUUGGGACACUUUAGCCAAACGCUGUUUUUUCCCUUCUCGUGCUCCCCUCAUCCCUCGCAAAGUUGUUUAUCGCGGUUCGGUCACCAAAUCUUGUACACCAACAUUGAGGGGACAAGGAGACCCCAAAGUGUCCCAACCAUUUUGACUGAGACUGUGUUUUAGAGGAAUUUUAGGCAUGUGACUCCUCGUUGGCUCUAGUGGCGGGAAAUCGCUAGGGAGGUAUAUGCACGUUUCGGUGCCAUUUUUUCGGGAAAAACAUUAGAGAUUUCACGGAUAGAAAGAGAGAAGACAAUCAAUAGAGGAAAGAAGUCUUUGUUUCUUUAAUUACAACAUUCCAAGGUAUUAAAAAAGCUUUCUGCGCAUUGGGUUUAAAGAGUGAACAACGGAUGAGUCAAAACUGCGCGCAUUAUUUCGCAGGCUGUGUAUCUUGCCACUACUAUAUUGUACCGGUGGAGACACGAUUGGACGGGACACCAUAACGGGUCACCAUACUAUCCAGGGCGUUUUCUAAGACCUCUCUGGUAUAUAUAAUGGAUUAAGAAAGAAAAGGAUAAGGUACUUUCACACUUAAUUGAAAUAGCCAAGGUUUAUAGCGCCUUGAUACAUGUAAGACAAGUUAUUAAAACUUUGAUCAUGGUGACACGAUUGCUCGCCGAAAGAAACUUAUAAGAAAUUAAAUUAAUUAAUUAUUAUUAUCAUUAAUUGAAUUAAUGUACGGUGACCCGUGUACACGUCGAGUAUAACGCUUUUUUUUGAGGUUUUAAGGACAGGUAGUGUCCCCGUUUGAUAUGAUUCAUGUUUUGCACCCCAAGUCCCACAUUUAUGGCACAGUAGUUUGUUUUAGAGCUAUUCAGGAAGGCGUAUAUUUGGGGUAAAGAAUGAGAACCGAUGUCACCAUUUGGCGAAAGGCCAAAUUAACAUAUGUUGUAAACAACUUAUAAAAAGUUGUCGAUUUCACAGCAGUAGCCUGGAAUAUCAUUAAGAAACUUUUUGGCGUCGGACUAAACAGUUACACUAUUGUUGGACACCCUUUUUACGCGCUUGUAGUCAAUAGUAUCUUUAGAAAUUUAGCAAGCGGGAUACUGUUCUCGCUGUUACGUCUUGGGAAUAAUCCUGGCUUGUUGCAUUUUCCUCCAAUCUGGAGGAAAAGUUUCCCCCUUUCUCCCGAAAUGGCUUAAUCGCUCUUUCAGCUGUCUUUCGCCUCUUGCCCUUUAGUUAGAAAGGCGUCCCUUUGAGCCUUGUUCCUACAGUCUUUCUUGGCAAAGAGGCCUCUCUAUUUUUCUCCACACAUUUUUUCUAGAAAUGUGGCACAUUCGAGCGCCUCUUCGUAUAUUAAAACCCUGAAUCUUACGUAGAUAGUAUGCACGUGCUAUAUUGUCAUGCUAUCAAUCGGCCACUAGAAAGCUAUUUGUGUACGGUUUAGUGCACACUCAGUUUCUUUUAUUUUCCAAUACUCUACUCUGCCCAAGAAAUUUCUGCGAACUGGUCAUUCUUUGUGUUAUCCUGUUAUGCCCACAUAACUUAGUUCAAUGCUAUAGAAACGUUCGCGAAACACAAUGGACACCCAACAAACCAAAAGCCCGUCGCUUGUGACCGACCUACCGAUUAACCUCCGUAUCUGUCAACAUGCCUUCAAAUAUCUCCCCGACACAGUCUCAGACAAAAAUGGUUGGGACACUUUAGCCAAACGCUGUUUUUUCCCUUCUCGUGCUCCCCUCGUCCCUCGCAAAGUUGUUUAUCGCGGUUCGGUCACCAAAUCUUGUACACCAACAUUGAGGGGACAAGGAGACCCCAAAGUGUCCCAACCAUUUUGACUGAGACUGUAGUUCUGGGCUGUAACUUAUAAACCCAAUUUACUUGGGAUCAUUUUUUUGCAAAAACGCAUUGUUCAAUGAAUUGACAACAAAGAUUAUCAAGCUCCUUUAGAACCAAGCUUUAAGAAUUUGAAAAAUUAAAGGUCUCCGAGAUUAAUUCAGUAUAUUUAUAAUGUUCUCGUAUUGUAACCAUCUAUUGCCUUCCACAUUCGACAAUCUUUAUAGAUCUGAAACUCUUUUUUCAUGGAUACAUUGUACUUGAUUUGAUCAAAACCUUUGACCCCAUAAGUCUCUCACAAUCUUAAAACAGUUUACUAGUAUUUCUUACCAAUGCCCACUCUUCUGGUGCUCUUUAAGCAAACAUUUAACUACUAACCAUGACUAGUCUAGCUAAUUUCAAAUUUUUCCUUAAAAUGUGAACUUUUAUCAAAAAUAAUCUAGCUAAAAUGUCAUCCUAUUUUUGUAAGUAAUUUUUGCAUGUAAUUCAGUUGUAUUCUUCUUCUUUUUUCCUGUAUCCUAGUUUAUACUGUAGUUUAUUUUGGAAAAGUGUGUCAUCUUUUCUCUAAGGUUAUGUCUUCUUAAACUACCAUAAUCUAGGGGGAGCCUGGACCCCAUAUAAACCCCAGGCUUCCAGUUCAGGCUUCCUCGUCACUAUCCUUUUCAAUAUUAAAUUUUUUCAGCAUAAUAUGUAACCUGUAAAGUAACAAAAGCAAAUCAAUAAAUUGAAAUCAAUCAAUCAAUCAACAGGUUGUUGGAGGAGGAAUGCUUGCCACCAUUGGAAGCUCAAUACUCUGCAUGAGUUUGCCAUAUGCACCUGGGCUGAAUGCUAAACACUUAGCUUGGGCUGGUAAGAGGCAAUCAUAGAGACCUUUAAAUUCAAAGAUGAAGGUGACCAUGAGGACAAGAAUCAUUUGACCUUGACAUGUUUUUAAUUUUGUUUCCACCACUACGACGGUGGGCCGUAGUAGAGUGUUGACAGCUAACAUGUUUACCCACCAAAGUGAUGCUGGGUCAUGUCAUGUGCACACAACUUAGUAUAUAGAAAAUCCCAUCCUUGCAGUCAUCCUUAUCUUACAGUCUAAUUUCGAAAAGAGAGCAAAUACUGUAGCUUGACACAUACAGCUUUGCAGUGUGAGUGAAGGGCCAUUCUAAUAGCACAUUAACAACUCUAAUUGAUAGACUGUGUUUAUCCCAUUUUCAGAGGAAGACUGAGCAAACAGACUCUGAGAGAAAAUAUUUUUGUCAAUACUUGGCAAUAGAUGGUUUUAACAGUGACGUCAUCAAAUUGUAAAGCCAAAAUAGCGGGGUUUUACGAAUUCUUAUUUACACUAGGUUGAAGAUAAACAAAAAGUAAAUCUUUGUACAAGUGUCCAUUCCCGUAGCAUGUUUCAUUUAGAAAAUACAGCAAUUUGAACUUCUGAGUAUUCACAGUGGGUGACACCAAAAAAGGAAUGCUGUCUCGUUGAAAAAAAAAUCUCUCCUCUUGAUUUUCAGUAGUAUACAUUGUGUAACCAUUUCAAGUAUUGGAAUGUUUAUGUGCACUUAUGCUAGUUCUUGAGUGAAAAGAAAGAGCUUUUGUAGAAAAAGUAAACUGCAGAUGUUUUUGUUGAUUUCUGGUGGCCAUAUUGGUGCACCAAUGUGGUACACCAAUAUGGCGUAUCCAUGCAAAGCUCUACAAAGGCGUGGGAAACUUUUUGGCCGAUAACUCAGAAACUGUGGCCACAAAGACCUGAGACUUGGACAAAUUGUUUAUAUAGUAACUAGUCUUUUAUAACAUUUCAUUUUCUUGGUUUCUUCCACUGGAUGGUUUCCAAUUUAUUUUUUCGUUGGGCGACAGUGAAAAUAAUCUAUUGAUAGUACUUGUCAUUAACGAAGGCGUGCAAGAAGUGGCCAGAGCAAGCAAAAUAUGAUAGCUACAGUGUACUUGCCCAAAGGACAAGCUGGAAUUCAUUUUUUUUUUUUUAACCCUGUUAGAAGUCUAAUUUUACACACUCCUUCAAUUAUCAAUGGCAGUUGUUACAUUUGAACAAUAAAUUAAUUUUGCAGGCCAUAGUGCUUUGAUUGGAACUCUCAUUGCUCCAAUGAUGUUACUUGGAGGUCCCUUGGUCCUGCGAGCUGCAGCUGUUACUGGUGGUGUCGUAGGAGCCUUGUCUCUGACUGCUGCCUGUGCUCCUGAUGGCAAGUUCCUUACUUGGGGUGGUCCUUUGGCCAUUGGACUUGGUGGGGUUUGCAUGGCCUGCUUAGGUAAAUGGAACACAGAUGUAGGUAGCAUCAUUUUGACAGUUCUGUGAUGCUCAAAGUGAAACCAGGUUCUUUUUAAUAAUUUUGCACUUUUUGAAAGUUUCAGAUUGAUAUUUAAUGUACUUCAGCCAUUUUGAUAAAAUACAGUUUGUCAAGUGUAAAUUCUGAUUACAGAUUCUACUGGAAUAUCUCAUAUUAAUUUUUUUCCAAACACUGAGAUGACUUGCAAUAUUACAGGGCUGGUGCUCCUCUAUCUCAUGAACAGUAUAAGUCAUGUACUUGGCCAAACUGAAAAUAUGCGUUAUUUUUGUAAAGGUUACUAAAUAGGUACAUUGUACAAGGACUGUUUUAACAAGAAAAAGAAGAAGAAAUUUUAUAAUUGUUAUUAUCAUUAUCAUCAUCAUAUUCAUCAUCAUCAUUAUCAUCAUCAUUAUUAUUAUUAUUAUUAUUAUUAUUAUUAUUAUUAUUAUUAUUAUUAUUAUUAUUAUUAUUAUUAUUUAUUUUAUUUUUUUUUUUAAAGUUACUUUUUUCAGUGGUACUGAACAGGUAGUUGUACAGGAUUUCAUUCAUAGAAUGGAGAGUUAGAACUACAGUAAUCAACUGUCUGCCUAAUUGAUUCUUGUAGUGAAGGGGAUUAUUGUUUGUUUUUAUUUAGGGACACUAUUCUUGCCUGCAACAUCAGUGGUGGGUGCUGGACUUCAGUCAGUUGUUACAUAUGGAGGUCUGGUUAUUUUUGGAGGAUUUAUGUUGUAUGACACACAGAAAAUCAUCAGAAUGGCUGAGACGUAUCCUGUUUAUGCUGAGAGGCCUUAUGACCCCAUCAAUGCGUAAGUGGACUGUAUCAUUAUAGAUCAUAAAUAGCAGGUUAAUUUACAAUAUUUAUGUAAUUUAUAAUGGCCCUUUGGCCUGAAAACAGCCAAUGACUGAUUAAGUAGGACAUGAUUAUUGUACAAGGUUGUUCUUUACGAAAACAUCUAGGGAGCCAAAUGUUCUACCCUGUAAACCUGUGAAAUCCAGGUUCAUUUGAUUUUUAUUUUAUUUCAUCCAUCACAAUACAUAUGACUACCAGUUACAUUUCAUUGGUUUACAAAGGCAGGAGAUCUUAGCAAACCAUAUUAGACCUUUCAAAGAAGAUCCCCAGUCAGGUUAAACCAAUAUAUGAUUUCCAUGCAAAAAAACUGAGACUUUGUAGUCGGCCAAGAGCGCAAAUAAGGUGCUGUAAGAGGACAGCCCUGGUACUUGUAUUGCUGAGAAAACAAUUAACUAAUCUACCUUUUGCACAUUCUUUUUUUUUUGUCAAAGAUGGUGUUAUUUUCAUUCAUUUUUGUAUAAUACUAUUGCUAAUAUUUAUUUUAUUUAUAAUAUUUAUAAUUAUAUUUAUUUAAAUCCAUUUAUUUAUUUAUUUUAUUGCUUGACUGCCCUCUUACAGGUCUAUUGGUAUUUACAUGGACACCAUCAAUAUCUUCAUCAGAAUUCUUACCAUCAUGGCAUCUUCCAACAGUCGCAGAAGAAAAUAAUUGAACUGUGAUUCUUUCUUUGCUCAAUUGCUUGAAGCAGCUUGACCACCAGAUUUAUACCUGAGCAAACAGUUGACUGAAACUGAUGGAAGAACUGGUUCUCUUUACAGUUUUAUUUCUGUAAUAUUCUAUCAAGAAAAUAAUCACAGAAGAUUCCAGUUUACAUUGUAUGUAGUGAGGUUCAAUUAUUUUUAUUGGUUUAAAUUUUGAUUUUUCUUUGUUUCAAACUCACUAUUAUACAUUACCAUCCCCCAAAACAAAGGAAAUGGUUAUUUAAAACAACGACAAAAUUGAACCACAACAUAAUUAUAUUGUACAUGUAUUGCCUACUGUAAAAGGCCUUCUUUGUUUUCAGUGUAUAAAUAGUGACAAACUACAGGCAAGCUUUAAGUUAACUUGAAAUAUCUACUUUUAUGCACUUUCAGUUGUCUGAAUGAUAAAGAGAUAGAUUUCGGCUUACACGGCAUAUAUGUUUAGUUUGCACUUUUUUUCUCUUUCUUUCUUUUUCUAUUUUCUGAGAUUUUUUGCAUAAUGAUGUAGAUUUAGGCCUGGAAUAGAAAGGAAACGCUUUCAGCCGAGUAGACUUGUACAAUUCUCCUUAUUAUAAAGAAUAUUGCAGUUGGUUUUCGUGAAACAUUAGGUUGUGGUCGUUUCCUUGACGCUAUGCGUUUUAUGAGUGCAUGGAUAAUUAUUGAAAGUUUACGUGUGCAGACGCUGCUAGUGACUAAAUGGACGAAAGGAGACGAUCACGUGAUGUUGCUACUGCUACCCUACCUAAAAUAAAUGAAUUUUUAUCAAGGAGCCAGCUGGAUUCUGAAUUUCUACUUUCUGAC